CGUAUCAGACUUUUGUACAUCUUUUAUUCUUGCUCCCAGCCCUAUACUUUUUUCCUUUAUAAAAAUACUCUCUCUGCCUAAUUCCUCCACUCAAACCAAGCUCCAAAGUUUCGCUCUGCCCAUUAAGUUUUUUUUCCUUCUGUCAUCUCUCACUUUGAUCAUCUUGAGUUGAGUUUUAGUGUUGCAAUCUUAUUUCCAAAUUAGUGUUUAAAGGCUGGCAAUGACAAAGGUUUAUCCCAAUGCUAGUAGUUUUUCCGGUAGCGGUACCAUCUCCGAGAGGCCGCCUAAGGUGUUAGCAGCAGCAGAAUCCGAGGCAAUUCUAACCGUAUGGAAAAAAUCCUUGCUCUUCAACUGCAAUGGCUUCACAGUGUUUGGUAGUAAAGGUGAUUUGGUGUUCAGGGUAGAUAAUUACAUGGACGGUAACAAGGGUGAGAUCCUUCUCAUGGAUGCCACUGGCAACCCUCUCCUUACCAUCCGCCGCAAGAAAAUGAGCCUGGGAGAUAGCUGGUUGGUUUACAAAGGCGAAAGUACCUCAACGAAUCCCCUACUUUGUGUAAGGAAAUCGAUGAACAUCUUAAACAACAAGUGCUUGGCUUACGUUAUACCCGGCGAAAACACUAGCAACCGAAGCAACAACGUCGUAUACGAGAUCGAAGGGUCGUAUUCGCAAAGAUCGUGUUCCGUAUACGAUGACAGGAGGAGAUUAGCCGCAGAGAUCAAGAAAAAAGAGGCCGUUCAUGGAGGAGUUGCCUACGGAAACGACAUCUUUCGCCUUGUUGUUCAGCCUGGUCAUAUCAGGACGGAUUUUGCCAUGGCUCUCGUCAUCCUUCUUGAUCAAAUGUUCGGAUCUUCAAGACGAUAACCAUCUUUAAUUUCUUGCUUUUCUUUACUAAAACAUUGUCUGUCUGUUUGUCUAUCUAUAUAUCGAUAUGAAAAUCAUAGCAACAAUUUCCAAACUUGCAGCAUCUGGUUAUAUAUAUAUAUAUGUCUGGUUUUGAUCAUCUUCAAGCUGGUUUUUUCCGUUUUUGAUAAAAAAACCAAGCACCCAAUGGGGAAUUUCUGUUUGUAUAUGAUGGUAGGUCGAAAAUGAAAAUGCUGCAGCUGUGGUGUGAGGUUUUUCUUUGUAAAGGAACAUUAAAAAAUUCUUACAAGAAUAUCGAAUAAGAGCUAUAAUUUCCGUAUA